AUGGAGACGCAUGUAGACUCAUCUAAAUCCCACGUCGCCUACAUGUAUCAGGGCCUCCCCACGUUCUCGUGCUCAACAUGCUCCGCCGUGAUUGCUCUGCAAGACGAACUGAUCAGUAAAUCAUUCUCUGGAAGGGAUGGACGCGGAUACUUGAUCCAUUCCGCUGUAAACGUCAAACUUGGGAAAAGGGAGGAUAGACCUUUACUCACGGGUGUGCAUACCGUUGCCGACGCUUUCUGUGUGGGAUGCAACGAGCGGGUGGGAUGGUACUAUCAUAAAGCAUCUGAUCACUCGCAGAAGUACAAGGAGGGAAAGUAUCUUCUCGAACGGGAGCGGCUGAUCAAGGAAAAUGCCUGGACAUUGGGUGAAUAG